CAUCACUUUCCAUAUUUAUACCAUACACAGCUCCACUGGCUCGUGAUGUUGCAGAAAAAUCAGCCUUGAGCACCUCACACACACAAUAUAUAUAUAUAUAUAUAUAUAUAUAUAUAGAGGUGAGCUUGUAGUUGUACAACUACAAGUUACAAAAUCAUCAUUUAAUGCAAAGCAGAUUCCCAGCAUGUCAGAAAUGUGGCAUCUCCAAAUUCACAUCAAUGGCCAACACACAUUCUUCCUCUCCGAGACGAUUCUAUCCAAAUAUUCCGGCAAGCUGAGGAAGAUCGUCAAGCAAGAGAAAAAAACAACUCAGAUCAGGAGCUCCGGCAUCGACAUCGCCGAAUUCCCCGGCGGCGCUGCCGGAUUCGAACUCGUCUCCAGAUUCUGCUACAACAACGGCACCCUAUCCAUCAACGUCUCCAACGUAGGCCUCCUGCAUUGCUGCGCAGUCUUCCUAGGCAUGACGGAGAAGCAAUCGCCAUUCAAUCUCUUAGCUCAAACCGACCAAUUCCUUGAGGAAAUCUUCCACUGGUCAUGGAACGACGUCGUCUCCAGCCUCAAGAGCUGCGAUCCUUUCCUCGACUACGCCCACUCCUGCGGCCUUGUCGACAAGCUCAUGUCAUCUCUUCUUGCAAAGAUCGCUCAGAAUUCACACCUCAAUCUCCUCUCGGUCUCAUCCUCCUCUUCCUCGUCCUCCCCCGACACCGCUCGGAGCUCUGCUUCUCCGUCGUCGCGGAAACCUUAUGCGUGGUGGUUCCAGGAUAUGGCAACCUUGAGCCCUAAAAUCAUACAUUCUUUUCUCAAAGCAUUAGGCUUGUACGGAGCCGAAAACACCAAUUUAGUCAUCACCAGAUUCCUACUGCAAUAUCUGAAAACCAACGGCGGCGGCGCAAUCAGGCCGGUUCCGGCGGAGUACGGGGGGCUGGCCGACACGGCGGUGCACGGGGUGGUGGUGAUAGGGAGGAGUGCGUUCUCCUGCAGGGGGCUUUUUUGGGUGCUGAAGCUGGUGUCGGGGCUCGGGAUCAGCCGGGAGAGGAGGGCGGCGCUGGAGCGGCUGAUCGGAGGGAUGCUCGAUCAGGCGAAGCUGGAUGACCUUCUGGUGUCCGGCGGCGGAGGAGGAGGAGGGGUGUAUGAUGUGAAUUUGGUGGUGAGGCUGAUCAGACUGUUUGUGUAUCACUAUGAUGACAUGUCGAUGGAGAGGAUGGUGAAACUAGGGUUUCUGAUUGAUAUGUAUUUGGGGGAGAUUGGGCCUGAUCCUGCCCUCAAAUUGGCUAAGUUUCUUGCUGUUGCUGAGAGCCUGCCUGACUGUGCAAGGGAUUCUUUUGAUCAUGUUUAUAGAGCAAUUGAUAUCUAUCUUCAGGAUGUACAAGCAUCAAUUAGUGAGGCUCAUCCCUCUCUUUCCUUAGAGGAGAGAUCAAGGCUGUGCAGAUGUCUAAACUACGAGAAGCUAAGCCUCGAAGCCUGCAAGGACUUGGCCAAGAACCCUCGUAUACCUCCAAGAAUAGCGAUCCAAGCACUAUCUUGUCAACGUUGCAACGUUCCAAGUGAGAACACUGCGUUUGUGGUCGAAGAUCACAAUUUUGGCAGAAAAGAUAAUCAGCUGGUGGUGUACAAAAACGACGAGACUGAGACAGAGUGCUCGAGCGAAGACAAGGAGGAGAUGAAGACGAAUCUGGAGAGGAUGCAGUGGCGAGUGGUGGAGCUGGAGAAAGUGUGCAGAGAGAUGAAGGGUCAGAUGGCAAGAAUGGUGAAGCUUGCUCCUCAACAUAAUAGACCACUUCCCAGAUUGUGCUAACCCCCUUCCUAUACACAUUAUUAUACUGCUUCCCUUUGUUUGCUACUUUUUGUUUUCUGGAAACAGAAUCUCUCCACUUGAAAAAAUUGUAAUCCUGUUUGUAAAUUCUUUUUGAAUGCCACCUAUAGUUUUGAUUUUCA